UUCCAACAUGAUUCUGGGAUUAUUUUUUGUACCAGCCUUGCAGCCUUGCCAUCGCAUCAACUGUCCAAGAGAAGACGAGAGUGUGGCAGCCUUUCUCGCGGCACUCUUUUUGUUCCUCCCACUUUCUUUCUUCUCUCUCUCCCACUCGCUAGCUCCCUCCAUCCACAUUGCCACCACCAGAUCAGCUGAGAUCUCACUUUCGGAUCAGCUCAGUCACUGGCUUUAAAUAGAGAGGCAGCCGAGCUGGACGUCUUCUUGUAGGUUCUUCUUGGCACUUGGCAACGACGACAUUCACCACUGUCGUCGACCUUUCGUCACCAUCCCAGUCCCAUUCUCGCCUUGUUCGAUCGGUUCAGGACUUGAGACACAUGAGCGGGGUACUCGGGCAGAGGCCGUCGCGGCCGUGGCCGCCGGGGGACCCCGCGUCCACGCCGCCGUCGGAGCCCGCCACAGCCGCCGCGGACGCGGGCGCGAGGGGCGAGGCGUCCGCGCUCAGGGACCUGGGCACGUCCAUGGACGCCAUCUCCUUCGGGUUCGCGGCCACGGCCAUCCUCAUCUCGCUCUUCCUCCUCAUGGCCAUCUUCGAGCACCUCAUCAAGCCCCGGGCCUUCCCGCCCGACUCCCCCGACGACGGCGGCAGGCGGCCGCACGCUGACCGCCUGCACGGCCGCCUCUCGCCUGGGAAGCUCCGGAACCCGCCCAUGGUGGAGGCGGUGCUGCAGGCGGCGGACCUGUCGGUGCUGAUGCCGGGGCAGCGGUACCCGACGUACCUGGCGCAACCGGCGCCGCUGCCGCCGCCGUGCUCCAGGGAAGGCGUGCACUACUGGCCACCGCAUGACCACCACAACGCGUACAUGCCGCCCUGAUCUGGUCCUCCACGGCCACCACGAGAGCAUGCAUGUUUCCACCGUACGUACGACGACGCGCUCGUUCAUCGCGCUUACUAUAGUUUUGAGGGGUUGUAUAUUCAGUUGUUCAGGUGAUCGCGAAUCCGAUAUGGACGUCCUGUCCUUGCUGCCUGCGCUCUCUCUCUCUCUCUCUCUGUCCUUGUCAGUGUGCACUGUGCCGCUUCGCUUUCAGAUGCCGAAUUCGCCAAAGUCCAGGCGCAAACGUCCAGGUUUACCGGCAAUAAUCAGGGCCGAGAACAUGCAUGCAGCUAGCUGUUCUUCGAUCGCUAACAAGCUUAACAGUGGUAGAGCGAUACCGGCCAUCCAAAUGAUGGCGCCGAGAAUAUGCAGCCGUUCCGUCGCUGACAGCUUAACAGUGUGUUAGAGGUCAUCCGAAUUCCAAACUUAGAGCAUCUUUUAGAGUCUUUUUAAAACUAGUUCUCUAGAUCAUCAUCAUUUAUUAGAGAACCAUUUAUAUAAAAACCGCUUUCUAUAUAUAUCUUUUCCUGGAUACUUUAGAGAGUUAUCCUCGUUAUCUAUCUUUGGCUAGCUGACGAAAAAAUAUGUAUGAAAAAAAAAUAUGAUGGCUAUAUAUUCAGACAAAACCGUUGCGCAGUGUC